AUGCCCCUUACUUGGAUUCCGCUCUAUCUGCGGGCGGGGUGGGGCCCAGCUAGGGCCACCGGGUCUCCCCGGGCGGCGUCGGGGGCGCACGCGGGAUGCUCGGGGCCGCGGCCGCUGCCUCUCGGUGUCUUCUCUACGCCGGCGGCAGAGGGCUCUGUGCGCUGCGCUGCGCCGCCGGCCCGGCUUUUAGCAGCGGGUGUGGACGCUGGCACUGCCGGGGCCCCCGCCCUCCCCGCCCGCUUGGGGUGUCCUUUGCCCCUUGAUCCGGUGCCUCCUCCUCUCCUUAGCACGUGGGUGGCAGCCGCUCACCCAGCUGGCGGGCUGUGGGGCAGCCAUGGCCCGGGCUAUGGGCUCAGGCGCCUGCCAAUCCCCGUCUGGGACCCGCUCGUGCCCGAUCACCUUUAA